UCUUUAAACUCGGAUAAAAUAAACGACUUCAGACUGUCUGCAGCCAUUCCGAAAGAAAACAAUGUGGGGAAUAAAAUUAGAACUGAUCCAAAUGUUGUUAUGAUAGGUGUCCCUAAAUUCAACAUGGCUGCGCCCAUAGAAGUUCUUAUAACUAGUGAUGUAUCUGGCCAGUUAUGGAACAGCUGUAUAUGGGACUUGAACUCAGGGGCAAGUCUCUCGUGCUACAAGGGGGACGCAACAAAUCAUCGAAGCCUCUGCAUUCUCGGGGGCCAGUACUUACUGGGAGCAUCAUGCACUAAGCCUCUGAUCAAUGUGUGGGCACUGCAGAGACGGGAACAGCACCAAUUGAAGAUGAUAUGUGCGGGAAAAGUCAACAGCCUCACAGUGACCCAUGAUGGAACAUACUGUGUUGCUGCGGUUGCUGAAAAUAUACAUAUCUGGCAGGUGUGCACAGGGAACUUGCUGGUGGUGUUAACACGGCACUACCAGGCAGUGAAUGUGAUCAGAUUUACAGACAAUGGCAGCCAUUUUGUAUCUGGAGGGGAGGAUAACCUUGUCAUGGUCUGGCCUCUGGCUAGUGUUCUGACAUGCAUACACAACCCAAGCGUGAAGCCUGAGCCCUUGAGGAUCUGGUCCAGCCACUCCCUUCCUGUAACAGAUGUCCAUGUGGGGCGCGGUGGGGCCCAGUCACGUGUUGUGUCAUCAUCGCUUGACCAAACAUGCAAGAUAUGGGACAUUGUGUCUGGAGAUCUUCUUCAAACCAUUUUGUUUCCUGGAAGCGUUCUUUCUGUUACCAUGGAUGCAGCGGAGUUACGAGUCUUUGCCGGCUCCAGUUCAGGCCAUGUUUACUGUGUACACUUGUAUGGACAGCCAAUCAAAUUUGAGCGUCAUGUUGAAGAUCAAGAUCCAGAAGGGGUCAUAUGUUAUAAGGGACACAGCAAACAGGUCACCUGCCUGUGUGUCUCCAUGGACGGUUCCAAGCUUGUGUCUGGUUCCCACGACAGCAGUGUCAAAAUCUGGGACAUCUUUAGUGGACAGUGCAUCCGCACUCUGCCACAUAAAGGUCACGUCACCAACACAGUGAUUGUUCCAACACCUCAGGCAGUCCUUGAUCCUGCUGUGAAACCCACCCUGCCCCUUCAAUCCUUCAAACGACACCUGGUGUCCGAGCGUCGAGACGACACUGGCGCAGAUUCGCGUGUUCUUUCGUUGCGCAUUCCUUCUUCAUUGGGGCGGGAACAAAAGUUUGAAGAAAAUCUGUUUGAUAAUCAGGAUGGCUCUGUCGAGAUGGGAACAUCCGAGGCGUCCAAGGAAGAACUGAAGAGGCUGAAAGUCAUCAACAGAGAACUGUAUACGUUUGCUGUAGAUAACAUACUGAAUAAACAAGUGACAUGAAACUUAACAAGACAACUUGGUUAUGCAAUAUGGUAUAUUUUCAUAAUUGUGGGCCCACUGGCUGUAUCAGUGGUGACUUUGUGUUUUAAAUGGAAUGAACAUAAAACCUGUCUGGUGGGCUUUUGAAGCCAUAAGCAGUUGCACUAGCUUUAUUUUUUUGCGGACAUGUAGCUAAGUUUCCAAUUAAUUCAAAAUAGGGUUGACAUACUUUAAAGGGGCCUUUUCACAGAUUUUGGCUUGUAUUGAAAUUUGUCAUUAAAUGCUUUAUAUUGAUAAAUGUAAACAUUGGAUCUAAGCUCCAGUAAAAAAUUGAGAAUAAAAUUUAAAUAAGAAAAAAAGUAACCCUCAGCAGGGCUCGAACCACUGACCCCUGGAGUCCUGGAGUAAAAGUCUACCACUUCGACCACUUGGCUUUCCGUGCUCUUUAAAUGGUGAUUUCUUUUAUGUAAGAAAUCCACGUUGUUUCGCAAAAUAUAACGACAACAACAGAACUUUCCAAAUUAUUCAAUGGUUUCGCUUUGCAACGCUUUAUAAUUUUCAGGUUUUUAAACCGUCAAAGAUGCAUAAAAUGGAUAUUUUCGAGCAUGGUAAAUGGUCAGUAUUACUGUUUCCUCACACAUAUCAUACCUAAAUCUAAAAUUUGCGAAUCUUAAACAAUUGUUUUUAAGUUUGUCAAUUUACCAAAACGUGAAAAGGCCCUUUAAAAAUAGUCAAACUAAAUAUUUUAAUUUUUUCUGAAGAUUGCUAAUCACUCUAGCGUAUUUGUAUGCGGCAGUGAUAUACAUGGUAUCAACUAUUCUCAUCAUUACUAUUCAAAACGUUUAUGUCUGUGGUUGAAUAGAACACCAAUAUCUUAAUUGAGUUAUCUCCCUUCUCAUGAGGUGAAUGCUGGAAACGAAGCAGGGGUGUGGACUGUGAUCAGUUUUAGCGAACUAGAGCCAUUCGGACGGCCAGUCAUCCCACUAGCGGUAAAAUCUCUUUGAAACCCAUCUAAUCCCUGUGCGGAGGUUGGAGGAAGAAGCAGGUACCAUAAGAAACGAAAUUUAUAAAUACAAACUUAAGGUAAUAGAUAUCUGCUGAUACCAAAACAUGCAAGCUUCUCAGAUGGUGAUCCAGGAAUAGCUACUAUGAGCUGACAACGCGUUUAUAUUUCCACCGUUAAGUAGUCCAAUUUCAUGUAUUGGACAGACGACCUUGGGCUGUUAGAAACGCUGAGCGUGCAAUGUUGUGAAAUGGAUAAUUACAACGCAUGUAUUAAAGAAAUCACGCCCAAUGCCUACACGAUGUUCAGCCCAUUUGAUAUUGCAACUCUUGUUUCCAUUUCAAACUAAGACUAUUCUCUCCGUACGCAGCCUAGGCCGAGUAUGAUUACAUCGGUAUGCGCAUCCAUAAACAGUUAUGCAAAACGUAUUGUUAUCCUUGCCGUAAUAUAUUUAUUCUGUUGGAGUAAGGAGAAAACAUUAUUAUUUUGUUGCAGGUUUUUGUCACAAAUUUAUGUAUCGCAUGCGAAAUAAAGUAUGAUUGCAUCC